AUGAUCUUUGUUUUGAUUUUCUCUAAAUUGAAAGGGGCGUUUUAUAAGAUAUUAAAAUUAUUAUGUUUGUAUUUAUUUUUAUAUGAAGAGGAAUAUGUUUUAUUUUAUGGCAAGGUGAAAUCAUUGAAUACAAAAACAAAUGCCGAAUGUACAUAUGUUGGAAUGAGGAAAGGUUUAAGAGUGAAACCUUUUAAAAAUAUAAAAGAUAAGAAUGGUUUGAAUAUUUUAUCUUCUUUUUGUAAGAGAAAUGAUAUUACUUGUUUUAAUAAGAUAAAUAAUUUUUUUUGUAUUGGAAAAAAUCGUUUUUUCAGAAAAAGAGAUAUAUUAUUUUAUUCUUAUAUAAUACAAAAUAUGUUUAUGAAAAGGAUAUAUAUGAAUAAAGGUAAAAGGAAUACUUAUUAUUUAAUAAAUGAACAUAUGAAAAAUGAUGAAUAUAUAGAUUGUAAUAGGCGUAAAUAUAAAAAGAAGUUAUUUAAUAUAUAUAUGGAAUAUAAUAAUAUGUUGUAUGAGGAAGGUGAUAAUUUUUAUGAUAAUUAUAAAUCUAAUUCUUUUCUUGAAAUUAAUAAUAAUCAAGUGAAUAUUCCUAUUGAUCUUUCAAGAUUUGAAAAAGAAGUAAGGAAACUCAUAGAAAUAUUAAAUUAUAAAAAUUUUCAUUUAAAUAUUACAUUUGUAAGUUUAGAAGAAAUGAAGAGAAUUAAUAAAAAGCAUCGAAAUAAAGAUAUGGCGACUGAUGUUAUAUCGAUAUUACAUUAUUUAGAUGAUCCAAAUUAUGAUUACAAUUAUGAUUUUUUAAAAAAUGCUAUAGGAGGGAAAAAGGGAUUUAAAUCAGGUGAUAUUUAUUUGUGUCCUGAGUAUAUAAAUAGGGAAUGUUUUUUGUCGAGAAUGAAUUAUGAGAAAAGUUUGUUGGACAAAAAAGGGGACAGUCUAGAAUAUGUGAGUGAAAUGAAGAAGAAUGUGACAGAUGAAACAUUUGAAGAUAUCACAGAAGGAAGUAUAAACAGAACAAGUUGUAAUGUUUAUGAUAUUAGUGUUGAUGAUAAUGAUGUUGGUAUAACAUCCUUUGAUAAAGUUUCAAAAAAUGUAGAUACAAAUAAAAUAUUGAACCCACGAGGGGUCAAUAAAUUGUUUUCCAAUAUUUUUAGUGUAAAUGAAAGAUUACCUUUUUAUGUAUUACAUGGAUUUGUACAUUUAAUGCAUAAGGAUCAUGAAAAUAAUGUAGAAGAAUAUAAUGAAUUUAUGGAUAUCGAAGAAAAUAUUAUAAAAAAAUAUAUGACCUUUAAUAAAUAUACACCUACCUUUUAUGCUCAUUAUAUUAUAGGAUUAGGAACCGAUAUUUUGUGUGUAUAUAGAAUUUAUAAAAUAUUAUUACUAAAGAAUAAAAAUAAAUUUCUUCAAAAAGUUUUAAAUUCAUUAGAAUAUAAAGAAUUAAUUCAACAAGAUGAUACUAUUAAAUAUAAUAUAGAAAAGCUAGCUAUAUAUAUAAGUAAAAAAUUUGCUGCAAAAGAAGCUAUCGUCAAAUCUAUUGGUAGAGGGUUAAGCUCGAUAUCAAAAUAUGGAAUAAGUAUGAAUGAUAUAGAAAUAAGAAAUGAUAAAUAUGGAAAACCACAUGUUUAUUUAUAUAACAAAGCAAAAAAAAUAGCUAGACAAUUAGGAAUCGUAAAAAUAUUCUUAUCCAUAAGUGACGAAAAAAUUUUUAAUAAUAAUAUAAAAAUAAAUAAUGUAAAUAAAAAAAAUUUUACAUGUUUAAUUCAUGCGCAAGCCUUAGCCGUAGGUUCAAAUAUAUAA